UUAGAACCCCCUUUUCUCCCGUCGCCUUUUCGGCACCGGUCGCUGGCCUGUGUAUAUUGCAUUGGUAAAAAAUAUAUUGCAUUCGCUUGUCUUGUGAAAAGUGUAUUUUGAAUUUUCUAAAGCGAAGCCCCAAAGUUUCCGGCAAGUCGGUGAGAAUCUUAAGGAAGCUGUGCAGACCUUUCAGUUUGUUAGUUAUGCAGGUUACAUAUUGUAAGAUGAAGGGUAAUUUAAGUCGUCAAGUAAAGGGCCUUCCUCUAUAGAAAAAGACACCGCUCUUGAGGUAACGGAGGGAGACAGCCGCUUACCUGUUGAAGUGCUGUUCAGCCGAAGACACCCGUGCAUCUGAGUGUGGGUGAGCUGACACGAUGACAUGUUAGCAAGGCUCAUGCAAUUAUUACAUCUUCAAUUGUUAUGUCUUCAGUGGGCCCCUGCUUUCAUCAGUUGUGCAGCAUGGGUUGAGGUGGCCACAUCCUGGCAGGGGUCUCAGCUCCACUAAUAGCUAAAGCAUGUCCAGGAUUGAAUGCUGGAUGCUUUGAGGUUGCCAUAUCCUGGCUGAAGUCCUUCCCAGAACGGCAGUAGUUGGUCGAGUAUGCCACAGUAUGAAAACCCAUGGACAAUCCCAAAUAUGUUGUCAAUGACGAGAAUUGGCUUGGCCCCAGUUUUGGGCUAUUUAAUUAUUGAAGAAGAUUUUAAUAUUGCCCUAGGAGUUUUUGCUUUAGCUGGGCUAACUGAUUUGUUGGAUGGAUUUAUUGCUCGAAACUGGGCCAAUCAAAAAUCAGCUUUGGGAAGUGCUCUUGAUCCACUUGCUGAUAAAAUACUUAUCAGUAUCUUAUAUAUUAGCUUGACCUAUGCAGAUCUUAUUCCAGUUCCACUUACUUAUAUGAUAAUUUCAAGAGAUGUAAUGUUGAUUGCUGCUGUUUUUUAUGUCAGAUAUCGAACUCUUCCAACACCGCGAACACUUUCUAAGUAUUUCAACCCUUGCUAUGCCACUGCUAGAUUAAAACCAACCUUUAUCAGCAAGGUAAACACAGCUGUGCAGUUGAUCUUGGUGGCAGCUUCUUUGGCAGCUCCAGUUUUCAACUAUGCUGACAGCAUUUAUCUUCAGAUGCUGUGGUGUUUUACAGCUUUUACCACAGCUGCAUCAGCUUACAGUUAUUAUCAUUAUGGUCGGAAAACUGUUCAGGUGAUAAAAGGCAGAUGAAAGUCAUCCAUUGUCAUCAGCAAGGAAGCAAUAUACAUCAUCAUCGGCGGCAGAGCCACUGAAAAUCUAUAGGAGUUUCCCUGUUUUGGUGUUCAGCUUGAAAAAGGACUUGUCAGAAAAAACCAUGUCAUCCAAAUUUAAGUAAUGUGCAUUGAAAAUAAUCUUGAUCAUGGGCAUAUGCAAGAAUUUGCAAUGUAUUUUUAAAUACAAAUAAAACUAUGAUUUAGAAUUUUUUAUCUUAGGUUUCUUGAUUAACUUCUAAGAUACCAAUUACAAAAAAUAGUGUCAUUUUUACAUGUGCUUAAAAAAAAUUGUGCAGAACAUGGAAACCAGAGAGUUGCCAACUGUAGGUAGAAUUUAGAUUGCUCCCAAAGUACUAGGGAACUUCUGGGUUUAAAUAUACAUCCUAUAGAACUUAGCUGUACAUUUUUUAUAUUUGAUUUUUAGAUCUAUGUACACAUUAACAGUUCCUGUGUUUCAUCCUUGAUCAUUUAGGAUAAUGACAAAAACAAAAGGUAGCGUAGUUAUAGAUGAAGUAAGCUUAUAAAGAAACUUAAAAUACCUAAGUUUUGAAAAUAAUAAAUAAGAUCAAAACAGAAGGUACUGGAGUUCAUGUUGUCUUCCAACCUCUCAGGUGCCUAAUAGUUUAUGUAUCAGGAUAAGUAAUAAAGGUAGCUGGAAUAUGAAAGCCUGUCCAUUCGACUCUGCCAUCUACGAGGCAGUGAGCUACAUCAUGCCUUCCAUUGUGUUUCUGACAGAGCAAUGUUUAUAUAAUAUUGGAACCUGUACUCAUGUAAAUAAUAUGAAACUGUUUAUUUUUCAAAGAUUUUUUAAACUUGGGGAAUCCUCUUUUGUUAAGAUGAUAAAAGAAUAAAAGCUGGGGGAGAAAAGUGAACCUUCGGCUUGAGUCAU